AUGCAGCGCGGCGCAGCGGGGGCCGGGGGCGACUCGGCGCCGGCGGUGUCGGCGGCUGCAGGCGCGGCCCGCGUGGCGGCGCGGCGCGGGGCGGGGUGGCGUAUAAAGUCGGAAUGCUCGCCCCGCACCCCACUCAAUCCCAAGACUUCGGCAGGGCGACAUGGCGAGGACGGCGACUUCUGUCACGGUGGUGUUGGUGGCGCUAGCGGCGCUGUCGAGCAGCGGCCGCGCCUUCUUCCUGCCUUCCUACAGCUCCAGCAGCUCCACCAACUCGGGAUACAAGAAACCCCGUUCGCGCAGCUGCCGCAGCUGGCGCCGGUGCCGGGCGUGGGCGGGGCGGCGGCGGCGCUCUACCAGUCCAUGCAGCUCGUGCCCUGCCUGUGCUCCGUGCCCAAGGAGGACGUGGACGACGCGGCCGCCGCGGGCAACUCGGUGGCAGUGAACGCGGCGAGCGCCCCGCCGCAGCCGGGCCACGGCAACUGA